UUCAUGCAGCUAUAGGAGAGGCUCUCCAAUUUACCGCUAUGGUUCGAUCGAGGGCCUUGACGUAAUCCGAUUCGCCUUUUGAAUGACUCAAUCUUCAGUAGCAUUAUGUCGACUGUGAUGAGUGACAGAGGAAGUCUAUUGACAGACACAAAAUAUUAUUAGCACAGCUAGACCGAUUAAUGAACAACAAUUUGUCAUUCUGACAUCUCACAUGUCUUUAACUAAGCCUACUAAAUACAAGUGAACUGUGCUUCAUACUGCCAAUAUGAGACAAGUGUCGUGGAUUUUCGUGCUGGUUUUGUCAUCAUGCAUUAGCUUUGCUUUUUGUAAAGUAUGCUACGGUGAUCUGGGUUGUUUUAACCGUGUAUAUUUUACCUGUCAUCAUCGUCACCCUGAAUCACCGGCAAAGAUCGGGACGACAUUCAAACUCUUUACCCGCUCGACGACCAGCGACGUAGGAGAAUCGAUAGAGAGGUCGUCUUCAACGAUUUCGACGUCGACAUUCGAUGCGAGGAGGAGAACGAAGAUACUAAUACAUGGUUGGAAGGGGAGUAUGAAGGGAUACAGGUGGAUUCGUAUGAAAGACGCUCUGUUAUUAAGGGAAGACGUCAAUGUGAUCAUGGUUGACUGGUCGUUGGGUGCCAGGAGACGGUAUCCGACAUCGAGGGCCAACUCCCGCGUUGUCGGCCGCGUGGUCGCCAAACUAAUCGAAGCUCUCAUUGUACACGGCGGGGCGUUCUAUGCCGAUAUACACAUUAUCGGUCACAGUCUUGGUGCCCAUAUUGGGGGCUAUGCAGGAGCAACUACCAUGACUACGUCUAAAAGAAUUGGACGAAUAUCAGGUUUGGAUCCUGCUGGUCCAGGAUUUGGCGGGAAGCGAGUGAGGAACUUUUGUCGUCUGGACAAAUCAGAUGCAAGAUUUGUUGACGUCAUACACACAGACGGUGAAUUGAUCGCAAUGGGAGGUCUUGGGCUAAUGGAUGAGCUUGGUCAUCAGGAUUUUUACCCUAACGGAGGAACAGACAUGCCUAACUGUUAUUUCAGCAUUCUCUGUGAUCACAUGAAAGCAAUAGAUUACUAUACAGAGAGUAUCUCCAACACGACCUCAUGUAGGUUCAGACCAACCACCUGGGCGCCAAAAUGGGAUGACUAUAAAAAAGAUAGGAGAACUCGCGACUGCAGUGAUUCAGACAUGUAUUGUCCUGAUAUGGGGUACACCGCCAGUCCAGAUAAUGUUGAGGGCGUAUUUUAUCUGAAAACAAAUAAGUAUUCGCCUUUUUGUCGAGGGUGAUUAUGCUGUAACGUCGUGAAACUACUAAUUAUUUACAAUAUGAAGUGCAUUGAUAAUUUCUUUGUAAGACUUGUUUAACUUUUUACUGGCAGGGCCCUGGGAACAAUUUUUUUAGUGAAGGUGCUGAAGUAAUUUUUAAGAGCAAAAAGAGAAAAAAGGCGAUGAAACAGAGAUGAAAUUGGUCCCGAUCUGCAAAGCAACAAAAUAAAAAGAAAAGAAAAGGUUUCGAUACGCAAAUGAAGGUCGUUUUUGUUACAUUUUUUACACAUCUUCUAGAAUCCUGGGGGUGCUGCCUAUGGAGAAUAAUACACUCUGCACACCAAGGUAACUCUCAGUACCCCCAGGGCCAUGUGUAAAGGGUAGCGCUAGAACUUUAUAAACAACCUUAAAAUGAUUUCUGUAUGUUAAUGUGGAGAUAUCAAAGGACAAGUCCUCCCGAUAAAGAUGUUGAUGUGAACCAAUAGAAAAAAAUCAAACAAGCGUAACGCUGAAAAAUCAUCAAAAUCGGAUGUAAAAUAAGAAAGCUAU